AGAGCUCCAAGCGGCUCGGAUAGUUGUCAAGGUUUUGGUUGUGGAAUAUCCGAGAGGAAAGCAAGGGCGGCUACUCUUAGACAAUGCCGAAUAAACCAAAAAAGGAUAAGGAAUCUCCAAAACCUGGUAAAGUGGGAAAGGGUGGAGGACAGGAGAAUAUCGAGCAUGAGAGCUCUAACAGGAAGACCAGCAACAGUGUUCCUCCCACCACUCAGCUGCUAAAGGGGAAGCAGCCAGGUUCUCAGACACCUGUCAAAAAGGACAAGAGGCAAAGCUCCUCUCGUUUCAGCCUUAGCAGCAGCAGGGAGCUGCAAAAACUCCCCGCUUUCAAAGACGUUCCCCCAGCAGAGCAGGAGAAGCUGUUCAUCCAGAAGCUGCGUCAGUGCUGCGUCCUCUUUGAUUUCGUCUCAGACCCCCUCAGCGACCUAAAAUGGAAGGAGGUGAAACGAGCCGCUCUGAGCGAGAUGGUGGAAUAUAUCACCCACAACCGGAAUGUCAUCACAGAGCCCAUCUACCCAGAAGUAGUCCAUAUGUUUGCUGUAAACAUGUUUAGGACGUUGCCUCCUUCAUCCAACCCCACUGGUGCAGAGUUUGACCCAGAAGAAGACGAGCCCACGUUGGAGGCAGCAUGGCCACAUCUACAGCUCGUGUAUGAAUUUUUCCUAAGGUUUCUAGAGUCGCCGGACUUCCAACCUAACAUUGCCAAAAAGUAUAUUGACCAGAAGUUUGUAAUGCAGCUGUUGGAACUAUUUGACAGCGAAGAUCCCAGAGAAAGAGAUUUUUUAAAGACAACUUUACAUCGUAUCUAUGGCAAGUUCCUGGGUCUGCGAGCGUACAUUAGGAAACAGAUAAAUAACAUAUUUUAUACUUUCAUUUAUGAGACUGAGCGGCAUAAUGGGAUAGCAGAACUACUGGAAAUACUUGGCAGCAUAAUCAACGGGUUUGCUUUGCCACUAAAAGAAGAGCACAAAAUUUUUCUACUUAAAGUCCUUCUGCCUUUACACAAAGUCAAGUCUCUGAGUGUUUAUCACCCACAGCUGGCGUACUGCGUGGUUCAGUUCCUAGAGAAGGAUAGCACCCUCACUGAGCCGACUGUUAUGGCUCUGUUAAAGUACUGGCCAAAGACCCACAGUCCAAAGGAGGUGAUGUUCCUCAAUGAACUGGAGGAGAUACUGGACGUUAUUGAGCCCUCAGAGUUUGUCAAAGUCAUGGAGCCUCUCUUCAGACAGCUCGCCAAGUGCGUGUCAAGCCCCCACUUUCAGGUGGCUGAGCGAGCUCUGUACUACUGGAACAAUGAGUACAUCAUGAGUCUGAUCAGUGACAAUGCCACCAAGAUCCUUCCCAUCAUGUUUCCAGCCCUUUACCGCAAUUCCAAGACCCACUGGAACAAGACAAUCCACGGUUUGAUCUACAACGCUCUGAAACUCUUUAUGGAGAUGAAUCAGAAGCUGUUUGACGACUGCACCCAGCAGUUCAAAGCAGAGAAAAGCAAAGAGAAAAGCAAAUGGAAGGAGAGAGAAGACGCUUGGCUGAAGAUUGAGAAUCUUGCAAAAUCAAACCCACAGUUUUUGGUGUACAUUGACCCUCCAGGACCAGGCGGUCCAAUGGACAUGGAGACAGAUGUGCCACUGAUAGAAGAUGUCAGUGUGUUAAAGAAAACAGUAGAGGAGGGAGCCACACAGGUCCUAAAAGAGCAACGCAGAGAACGCCCUUUAGUGAGGAGGAAAUCAGAGCUUCCAAAAGACAUCUCCACCGUCACAGCGUUGGAGUUGCACCGAAGAGCCGAGGAAAUGUUGACCACUCACGAUGCCCACUAAGAGACCAUCCUUAAAAUGUAUUUAAAGAAAAAAUAAAAACAAAGCGGCAGCACCCACAGAGGAACCACAGGCCCACAGAGGGCCAGCACAACAGAACUCUGGUGUCUUAGUGCAGCACAGUACAGAAAAGGGCAAGAAAACACCUGUCCCCGUUCAUGUCUGAAGUGAAGCUACACAUAUAAGUAAGCUCUUAAAGGACGAGCAGUGCUCAUCCUCCCUCACUUCCCAAACACCCCCAGCCCAGUUUCAGACUGCUGCAAAGCUGGACGCUCCCGCAUGUCCAACAAGUCCAGAUCUUUAGGGAUAUUUACAAACCGUGGGUUUCUCUCCUCCUUCCCUGUUCUUCCUUCCCCUCUGCUUGUGCUUUUCAGGGUACUGUGCUGCCCUCUUCUGGUCAUUCUCAGGUGUUCUGUUCGGUGUGUAAGCUGUCUGAUCUUCUUGCCUCGUAUCUAUAGAUGUCAGGUGCUUGUUGAUUAAUAUGAGCCCUAUGCUACAUUAGUUUAAAAUAAGAAAAAAAAACAAACAAAAAACCUAAUUUGGUGAAGCUAGUCAGCUGUUUAUACAUAUAUAUAUUUAAUAUUAGCUAUUUUUCUCAUAACAUUUGGAAGGAAAAAAAAAACAGCUGUUUAUAUUUCUCCUUAAAUAGUAUGAGGAGCUUGUCUCUAUAUUUUAAAAAAGAAAACACAUCUUUAAUGUGUAACCAUUUUGUUGGCUAAUAUGACGUUUUUCUGUCCAUUAGUCAUUCUCUAGAUAAAGAAGCCCACCUGGGACAGACCAGGGUGCAAUCAUUACGCCGCCGUUGAAUUUAUAGGUUAUUUUUCCCUCUUAAACAUCUUUGUAAAAGAAUUCUGUUUUGGUGCCAACGUCUUUCAUUUUUAUUGAAAAACUAGAUGAGACGGCAAUAAGUUGGCUCAGGUCUGACUUAAAAAGCUGCAUCAGUAACAGCAGAGGUGGGAUUUAUUUAUUUUAAGUUGUCCAUUUGCACCCAUUUAAACAACUAGUCAUCCAUGUGAGGCUUUUGAGAGGUUGCAGAGAAAUCGUUUACGUGGGAUCGACACAUUUAACCCAGCAGAAACUUUGCAGAUUGGUUGGAUUUUGCUACAAAACUAGAGGUUAAAGAGGUAUGUUUAGUUUCAAGCCUUUUUUCACAGUGCCUUUUGCCAUCAGAUGGGAUAUUUGCUGCAGAUGAAGUAUUAACUUGUAACUGACAUGCCAGCUUAUUGGAAAAUGUACCAUUAGUUUCUAAAGGAAAAUCAGAUGUGUGCCGGUUGGAGCACCUCAUGCUGCUUGGACUCCAGCACACGCCGUGUCGAAGCCGUGUGGCCGAGAAUGGAGGCAGUGCGGUCUCUCCCAAGCAAGCCUCUUCAGCAAAUUAAGCACUUCCUGAUAAAACUUGAAAGAAAAUGGAAACAGUUAAAAAAAACUAGUGCAGAGUUGAAAUCCGUAAUGCUGUCUGUCUUGGCGUGAAGGGGUCCCCGCCCCACGGUGCCUGUCACGAAGAGCUCGCCUCCCAUUACAACUCUUCCUCAACCGUCCCAUUCCACGUUCAGUUUGAGUCGUAUUCUGUCUGCUCACACCUGCCCCCCCCCCCUUCCUCAGUGAUGAAAUUAAAAACUAAAAACAGGAAGGUCUUCUGGAUGCUCCCCGGUUCAUUUGGUUGUGGAUUUUCUCCUCCUUUGCCUGCAGAACCUUGUCAGUGUUUCAACUGAAUGUGCAAAUUGUAAAUUAUACUGAAAGUCACACUGUUCUGUUCUCUCCAUGUCUGACCUGAAGAACAACAGCCACCAAAGGUGUGCACCAGCACCUCUCAUAUUGGAUUUAAGGAGCGCAGUGAUUGGUUCUCAUAUUGCUGCUGCAGCACUGCGACGGUGCCCUAUUGGUGACUUUUGUUCUUAAAAUGGCUUUAAUACGGGCUUCUUUGGAGCUCUAUUCAUUUUACAUAAGCUUUGUUUUUUUUUUUCUCUUUUAAAAGAUUUUUUAUUGCAAGUGUCCUUUAGUAUUUGUCAUACUAAAUGGCUUCUUUGUACAUAUAAUGUAUUUUAUGUUAUAUCUAUUAUUAGGUGGUAGAUUUCAUAUUUUGUACAAACUACCCUGUGUACAGAAUUCAGAGAUUGUUAGCAACUGCAGACGGUUGGUAUGUGGCGCAAAGUUCAACAUGUUAACUAUUUACAGUUAGAAAACGACUAGCAAUUGGAUCUUUCUUUUUGUUUUAAUCUUUGUAACCCAGCAUCUUUUCCUUUUAGAUUUCUUUUUCCACAUCCAGACAUGUUUUGCUCCUCACAUAAAGGAGAUGUCUGUGCUUGCUUUUAUC